CAACAAGCCGAUUCUAACGACCGUGAGGAUAUCUUUUGCAGCCAGUCGAUUUUGCAUUGUCGCCCAUGGAAACGACCCUUUAUCUCACUACUGUCCCUCUGAGGCCGUCGCAAUGACCUCGACCUUCGCUGCGCAGCUGCGCACUAUAGCCGCAAAGUCUACGAGCGAACUCGACCUCCGUGCCCGACGAGAUGCCCACGCAGAAUCUCUCAUUUUCGACCGCAGUGUAGCCGUCAAGCAAGAUUGGGAGACAAUAUACCAAGUAUGCGUGGAAGGGUUUCAAGAGCUUUGCCUGCUGGACGCAAGACUGCGCGAAUUCGAACAAAAUCUAUACAGUGCCCAGUCCAAGACGCAGGACAGGGAGCAACUCAGCAAGACACAGAAUGAAGCACUAGGACUCGUGUUAGACCGAUGUCUCACUCUUCUUGGAUCCAAGUUGAUGCUUCGACCUGGCUUGAAAGCAGUGGAAUGGCUCGUGCGAAGAUUUCGGGUUCAUGUCUAUAACACGGAUGCUCUUCUUGCCACAUUUUUACCGUACCAUGAAGCACCAGUGUUUCGGGUUAUCUUGAACAUCGUGCCAACCGACAGGUUUGUCGGUGGGUGGAAAUUCCUGGCGCCUUAUCGCAAUGAAACGACCAAAGUUCCUCGACAUGCCAUCGUAUACAGCGCCACUCACAACGACGUCUUUUUCCCCUUCUUCAACGACUACACAUUGCGUACGUGCCAGGAAGGCGCGGCCCACUCCCUGCUCUUGCGCUUCUGGGGCAGUGUUGUUGUCGAAGCCAUCGCCGGAAGAUUGAGUCAGGUCAAAAGUGGGAGAAAGGAAGUGCAGAAACAGCGGACAGAAGACGCGUUGUUGAAGAUAUUACCGCUGCUCAAUGAAGGGUUUGAAAUCAAAGACAGCCCGGAAUUUACAGUCAUUUGUUUCACGAUUACCCUUGCGUUGGCAAGCGGCGCAGACCUCGAAGACCAUGUCAUUGACUCUUUGAUGAAGUCGAUUGCCCUGUUCAUUGCCAAUCCAGCUCCCGAUUCUAGGUCAGCAUUGUCGUGCUUGGCUAUUCUGGUCACAAAGAAGACCGACAUGAGACUUCCAAGAGAUGUUCUUGACAUAUUCAUCCACGUCGACGAUUUAGGGCUACGGCUGACCGAUCUCUUUAAACUGGUCCCGUUGACGUCGUUGUUCGAAGCCCUCAUAAGCUCGGCGCUCUCCGGGUUGAAGGAAAAGAAUAUAGACAGAAGAAUCCAGUUCAUUGAACGUCUGUUAGACACCGCUAAGGACCACUUCGGAUUACCAACGAAAAGUCGGCUCAUGGCCAUCUUGCUUCGAAAGCUAUUUCCGACAGAGUCUACACUUUCCCGCGAGUCGAACUGCUGGACAAGCCUCGUACGUUUACUCCAAACGCUGGCUGACUCUCCCGAGUUCUCGUCGUCUUUGCCUGAGGCACUGGCCCUAGCCGGCCGGUCUCAGUCGGACAUAGAAGGCCUUCUACAGCAAACCAUCCAGAACUCCGAUCGACCACUCCUUGAACAUACGGCUAUGGAGCUUGACAUUCCUGAGGACGAGUCAAUACAAAACGCAGAAGGCACUGAAACGAUGCUUGCAUCCAUGCCAUCCGAGACGAUCGAGUCGUCGUUCCUCGUUGCUGGAGAUCGCUCCAUGCUGUUCGACCAACUUGCUCGAACUUUCGUGCUAUGCCACCAGAACCGGCAGCUCCUGCACCGAUUUGAACAACUCCCACUGUGGCACAAUCAAAAUGAACAGCCUUUUAUUUUCUAUGUCAGUUUCCUGUUGAGAGUGGCCCUUGGCCCCUUUUCCGUCGGCCACCGCAAUAUUGCACUUCAGUGUCUCUCGGAAGUCAUCGAAAAGGCGUCUUUGAACCACUCGGAGCCGUUGAUCCCAUUCAUCACCGUCCUCCUUUCUGACAAUAGCCAACUUGUGCGACGCGCAGCCGCUGCUUGUACGGUGGCCAUCCAUAAGGUUACCUCAAGAGACGAGACCGGCAAACAGCACGCGGUGCAAACAGUGUACGAUGCGCUUGGCAUGCGAAACGUCAAACCCUUAUUGUCUAAGCAAGCAGUGCGGAUCCUGGAUCAAGUCUACUUGCCUUAUUUGGAAGAAUGCAUCUUGGAUCCCUCCUACAUACGCGGAGUUCUUAAAGUUGCGUUUGACGGCCACGACCGAACGCCGUCGUCGAGGACUGCCAAUAUUGAACUGAAGAAGAGCACGAAGCAUGCACUCUAUGAUCUGUUGACUGGCUGUGCGUUAGGAUGCCCCUUGCUACGAGUUAGGGUGGGCAUACUGGAGUUGCUCGUGGAUGUCCACAAAGUUAGCACCUCAAGCACCAGCAAAAUUCUGUCCCCCAUUCUCGAGGCUUGGGCAUCAGUAAAAGAGGGCGACGCCGAAGAUGCCGCGUCAGCACAGAGUAUCUCUCUGGAUCAAAUCGAUGCUGUGAUGGUUCGCCUCGUAAGUGCGCGGGAUAAGGAGGCGGUUGAGCAUAUUCUCGCAAUGCUUGCCGAAGAUAAAGUCCAGCCGCGCGCUGCCCUGGUCAAUGCCUUUUUCGACAGAAUUGCUGGUAUCUGGAAAGAUAUGCACCAAGAGUCACAAAGCUCUGCUGCUCUACGCUUAUUUGACAUGUCCUUCUCCAAAGAGCCCGCUCAAGCUGCUGGAAGUCGUCACGUUCUGAACACAGUCAACCUCUCUACCGAGAUUCUCGCUGCAAUACUGGACCACUCGUUUUCCGGUCUUGCUGAGAUGCAAACAGACGUCACUCCCAGGAAGAGACGUCGUGUCAGCCAUGGGCGUGAAAGCAUACCAAAGGAUCUGGCGUUCGACUUGGAUGUCAGCGAGGCAAGAUUAACUCUGGCGCUGGAGCUCGUCGAAGAUUCCAAACCACAAAACCAUCCACAACUGCUUGGAGGCUUGUUCGAUGUGUUGGUCAUUCUCAGGCGGCUCAAGGACAAGGGCGCGUCUGAAUCUCCUUACCUUCUCAAUCUCUGCUUAAGCAGCAUACUGGCAAUCGUCGACAACGCACAGAAUUCACGAAAGCCAGCCGUUGACUUCUCUAGCAUUCGUACCGACCUGGUCACUGAUUGCGUUCGAUCGUCAGAAAACCCACAGGUCCAAAGUACUGCUUUGCUUCUCUCGUCCUCUCUGGCCUCUUUAGCUCCAGAUCGGAUAUUGCAUAGCAUUAUGCCCAUCUUCACAUUCAUGGGUAGAAGUAUAUUGUCAAAGGACGAUGAGCGGUCAAUUUACGUCACGAAUCGCGCUGUCGACGAAAUAAUCCCUCCUCUGGUUGCCACGUUGAAGAAACAAGAUGCCUACAAACUUGUUCAUUCGACGUCAAGCUUGCUCUCCAGCUUCGUCACAGCAUACGACCACGUCCCCCAAUAUCGGAGGGCCGCGUUCUACCAACGUCUACUCGGUAGACUUGGUGCUGAUGACUUUGCAUUUGCAGUAGUUGCUCUUUUUGCCUCGAGGCGGCAUCCAGAAGAUAUGUCUUCGUUCUUUGCCAGCUUGAUGGGCGGUCUGUCGGCAUCGACUCAAUUGCUGACCUUCAGAAAACUUCUUGAUUUGAGUAUUUAUAUCUUCUUGGAGGACCCUCACGAUGCUAUUCCGCUACUCGACAUCAGCAGUACCAGCUCGAACGAGAAGAGAGAGCAAGAAGCACUGAUGUUGCUUGAAGUGGCUUCGAAGCUCCUGGGACCAAAAAGUCUGAAGACGCAGGUGAAACGACUUUCAAAAUCCGACGAAGUCGAAACCCAGUCUUUCUGGGCCGAGUUCAAAGUCUGCAUCGCCCGCAUCCUGGGCAUGCUCAAAUCGCAAAAGGCCAGCCACGGGAAUCUGACCCCAUCGACGAGGAAAUGCUUGAGCUCGCUCCUUGAACUACCUUCCCUUGCAGACCUUCUCAAGAUCAUGCCCAGUCUCCUGCAUGACAUGGUCCAGUCCGGAGCCGGCCAGCAGGAGCUUCAGCCUCUGGCGCUUAGAGUUCUUGCCACACAAUUGCAACAUAGCGCUCCAAGCUCGAGGGAUACCAGGACGCAAACCGAAGCAAUUACAUUCCUCCCUACCCUCCGGCAUAUUAUCGACACCACAAAUGAUGAGGCAUUCAGGCACGCGGCGAUUGCAUGUCUCGAUCGCAUAAUUGAGGUUUAUGGGCGAAAGAGACCAGAAGACGUCAUUGGUGCUGCCUCUGCCUUGAUUGAGGGCGACUCCGGGCUGGAUUCCCACAAUGAAAGGACAAGGAUCAUGUCUCUGCUCUGUCUCGCGAGUACGACGGAGGUACUCAAGGAAGGCAGCGUCCCGAUAGUGGUACAGGCUCUCCCCAAAGUGUUGCGUCUCCUGGAGUCGUUCUUGACCCGAGAGGGCGAAAACAGCAGUAACGAUGGGCGCGUGGAACUUCACGACGCCUGUUUCACGUUGCUUUCCUCGUUCAUCACGCAUACCCCUUACAUGAUCAGUGACGACAACGUUGCUGAGAUCCUCAGCUUGUCCUACCGUUCUUGCCUCGCGGAAUCAGACGAGGCGUCGCGCAAGGAGGCUCGGCUUGAGACGCUGAGCCUCAUGGCGCAGAGAUUGGAGCUGAAGACAGUAGUGAGCAGCUUGAACCAAGCCUGGAAAACGACCGUGGUCUCAGGCGAGGAGAUCGAUGGAGAAGCGAUUGCCGAGUAUCUGGAUAUGCUGUCUCGAGCGAUCGAGCGGAACUCCAAAUCUACCGUCGUGGGUGCCGCAGAUGAGAUAUCGGCUUUUAUGUUGCAGGUUAUGGAUCUGCGACGGCUCAGCCGAGAGAGAGACAGUGCAAAUCCAGAGGCCGGUAUCGAAGCCGACGCUGUCUCGGACAUUGAGGACGUGGAAAAGAGGCUGCACGAGUUGGGCAUUGUUUUCAUCUACAAGCUCAAUGACACGACCUUCCGCCCAAUCUUCGAGGGAUGGGUCGACUGGGCGACGCAGAGAAAUCCCGACGCUUCCUCUUCUGUCGGAGCGGCACAGAUGGCCAGACAGACCAGCUUCUACCUCUUCGCCACGCAUUUCUUUGCGACGCUGAAGAGCAUCGUGACGAGCUACGCGAGCUACCUCCUUCCGUCGGUGAACGACAUCUUCCAGUCCACCGCUAGCAGCGACUCGUUGACCGCCCCCGGGACGAAGUUGAAACCCCGAUACCAAAGUCCUGACGCGAAACCUUCGUUGAAGAUUGACCUGUCGGCGGACACUGGCCUGGAACUGUACAAAUCGACCCUGGCCAUGUUGACGACCAUCGCUGCUCACGACGCGGAUGGAUUCUUCACGUCGCCCUCGCAUUUCCAGCCCCUGGCCGAUUUGCUUGUCGGACAGCUGGGCCUUGCUUCGUCCCCGAAAUCCAAAUCCAAGUCCAAGGGUAAGGGUAAGGACAACGGCACACUCAAUUCCUCGUCCGUCCUGCGCGACGUGGUGCUGGACGUGGUGAUCCCGUGCAUCGUGGCCCUCGCGGCCGCCGUCCAGGACGUGCCCCCGCACCACCACACGCUGAACCACCUGCUCUGCCAGCUCCGCCGCAGCGGCUCGGCGGGCGUGCGCCUGGCCAGCAUCCGCGCGCAGAUCGCGCUGACCGAGGCCCCCGACAUCGGCGACGAGUGGCUCCAGAACGUGGUCCUGGGCCAGUCGAGCGCCGUGGCAGCAGCAGCAGCAGCAGAGGGCGGUGGGGGUGGCGUCGUCGCGGUCGGCGGGUCCGGCGAGACCAUGAUCUACGUCAACGAAAUGCUCGAGGACGACGACGAGGUUGUCGAGGACACCGUGAGGGAUUGGGUCAGGAUGGUCAGGGAACGGGUCGGGGAGGAUGUUUUUGAGGUGUAGCCUUUGCGACUACUAAGGUACACGGCACAGCUAGCCAGUCAGUCAGCUGGGUAUGUAGUUUGAUGGAUACCGAAGACGCAUUCACACUUAAGUUCUUCGCUGGCAUGGCGACGGCGAACGAGGAGUGUUGGGUUAUACAAUGAAAUCAUGAAUGAAAGGGCCUGGAAGACGGGAAUUCAAUUGCAGCGGAAAGGGGGAUUAAUACAAAGGUCACUACAAAACGUGGUCAAGUUCCUUGCAGAGAUGAAGGAUGAGCAGAGAGUGCGGGCAGUGAGAGAGAUCGAGAGAGAUCGAGAGAGAUAGACAAAUGAGACACACUAGGAAAAGAACAUGUUGCCUAAUGUGUACAAAGAAGAAUACAAUGAGAGAGAGAGAGACGAAUC